AUGGAACCGAGGAGCAAUUAUACUUAUUUACAUGGGUUUGUUCUGCUUGGCUUCUCUGACCAUCCCGAACUAGAGAUGACCCUGUCAGGAAUCGUGGCCAUCUUCUACUUUAUUACAUUGGUGGGGAACACAGCUAUCAUUCUGGCAUCUCUCCUGGAUUCUCAUCUCUACACGCCAAUGUAUUAUUUCCUCAGGAAUUUAUCUUUCCUAGACUUAUGUUUCACAACCAGCAUCGUCCCUCAGAUGCUGGUUAACUUGUGGGGGCCUGAGAAGACCAUCAGCUAUGUGGGCUGUUUCAUCCAACUCUAUGUUUAUAUGUGGUUUGGCUCCAUCGAGUGUCUUCUUUUGGCUGUCAUGUCCUAUGAUCGUUUCACAGCCAUUUGUAAGCCCUUGCAUUAUUCUGUAAUCAUGAACCCCCAUCUCUGUCUCAAGAUGAUUAUCAUGGUCUGGAGCAUUAGUCUGGCCAAUUCUGUAACAUUAUGUACUCUCACCGUGAAUUUGCCUAGAUGUGGAAACAACCUUUUGGAUCAUUUCCUGUGUGAGCUGCCAGCUAUGGUCAAGAUAGCGUGUGUAGACACUACCGCGGUAGAAAUGUCUGUGUUUGCCUUGGGCAUUGUCAUUGUCCUCACCCCCCUGGUCCUUAUUCUUAUAUCCUAUGGCUACAUUGCCAAAGCUGUGCUGAGAAUGAAAUCAAAGGCAGGACGGCGCAAAGCAAUGAACACCUGUGGAUCUCAUCUCACGGUGGUGUCCAUGUAUUACGGAGCUAUUAUCUACCUCUAUCUACAACCAGGUAACAGUGCCUCCAAGGACCAGGGCAAGUUCUUCACCCUCUUUUACACCAUUAUCACUCCAAGCCUCAACCCCCUCAUCUACACCUUGAGGAAUAAGGACAUGAAGGAUGCACUGAAGAAGUUGAUGAGGGUUCAGCAGGCCUCUGCAAAGCUGAAGAAAACUUGGAAGUGA